AUGUUUCUAGUUCUUUUCCAAAUUCUUAACAAUUUUUGUUUUAUUGUAAGUUAGCCUAUCUCAAUUUUCAUUCUAUCCUCAUGAAAUUUCCAGAUAUAUCUUAUCAAUAUUUGUGGCGCAAAACCAACAACAGAAUGUCCAGUUCGAAAAGUCGGUGAUUCUGUUCGAGGAAAUGUAGACGAAGCCGCUGCAAACAGUACGAGAACUGCAAAAGUAUUGAAGAAAAAUGAUGAAAAAGAUGAGCGAAGCAAGAAAUCGAAAAAACAGAAAAAGACGAAAAAAGAGAAAAAUGAGGAAAAGACACAGAAAACACAUAAAACUGAAGUUGAAACACAGGCUUCUGUGAUGGCUGCUUCGGCGAAAGAAGUUAAAGUUAAUAUGAGACCAUCGACCACGGUUGUUCAGUGAGUUUUGGAAAUUCGGAAAAGUUUGAGAGCUACUUUUUUUGCAAUCAAAACGUUUUUAAAAAUGCUAAAAUUCUUGAAUUCCAUUUCAAAUUCCUAUUUAAAAAAAAAUUAAAAAAUUUAGAAGUUCACAACUUUUUUCCUGGAGCUUGAAAAUUUCGGAAAAAAACUCUAAAAAAACGUUUAAAAAUUUACUGUUUCAAAAACCUUUUUUUCUUUUUAAAGAAAAAGGAAAACUGAAUAUUUUAUGAGUUUAGCCCCGGGAUUUGAAAAAUAGCCACUUUUUUGAAUUUGAAAAUUCGUUAGCUGGAAGGUUCUAGAACUCUACAAAAAUUUAUAAAAAUUCACUGUUUUUUUCAGUUCAUUGCGAGCUCGUCCAAGCACUCAUACUCAAGUCCAAACUCAAGAAAGUCCACAGCAAUCAAAUUCAGCAAUGGCUCCAGUCAGCAAAAUUGCUUAUCCAAGUACAAUGGGAGCUCCUCCACUAAAUCAGGCUCAAUAA